ACUAUUGCAAAUUCUAUAGUUUUGUAUUGAUCUCGUGAAUAAAUUAAGAUCAUUAUUGUAACAUUCACUUUAGAACUUUGUUGAAAAUGUUACUCAAAUUCUGAUGGAACAGCUGAUCAGCACUCUGCAGAAACCGAUCGUGAUCAACAUUUCCUGAGAAAUUUAUUAUAUGUAGCAGCUUAAAUUUGACACUUUUGGCAGCAUAAUUUGUGUUUAGUAAUAAAUUAGUCUCGCAUGUGACAUUAAUGAGACAUUGAGACGCAGACGGGAGCAAUGAGCAACAGCAUGGAGAGCGUUCUGUCUCCACUGCCAGGGAACCGGCCGAUGUCUCGCAACACGCCAAGGGUGUUCCGCAGUCCUCCACAGCCUCACAUGUGUGUUCAAGAUACUCUCAAGGGCACACAGAUAACGUGUUUCAUAAACGUGAUGUCCUGGUGUAAAAUCGGUGUACCGUCCCAGCAAAAUGCUCCCAUACCGUUGUAUGGAGGUGUCAAAGUGCCUUUGAGUGACAGGUGUGGCGUGUCCCCCAAGCAAGUCAAGACCAGCAAAGAGAAGCCCUUGGUGUUCGCUGUCAUGGUAAAUCCUAACGUGCUCAAACGAAGUGGGAAAAUGGCGGAAAAUCCUCAGGAACGGGAUGGCCUCAUAGAUCUGAUGUUGGAUUUCAUCGAAGCCAUGAAUGAAAACAUCAAGUUCUCCAGGAACUUUAUGGUUCUGAAGGAUCGCGAUCUGACAGGAGAGCUGAAGGACAUUUGGGCCGUAAUCCAAGCGAAAAGGGACGCAGAGAAGAUUCACCCGAGCCAGACACUGCGGGACGAGAACAGCCAUCCUUGCUCACCACAAACUGCGUGCACUCCACAGAACGCCAAACAUAAAAGGAGUGACGAGGAAGGAGAGUGUAUGGAGGCGUCGGAAGCGUGCUGCCAGGACGAGGCAGCGUCACUGCAAUCCGAGGCCAGAGGGGACAGUUGAGCUUGGAGAUAACCGAGGCCACGUCCCACGGUCAAUUACACAUCACACGUCACAUCAUCUGCACCCGAGCUCAUCCCACCUUGUCUCCAUCACUGUUGUACGAUCGUCAUUGUACCAAUUGGAGUUUCAUAUAUUACCUCUACUGAGAACUCGGCUUUUACCAAAAUUAUUGGAAGUUUCCAUUUGUGUGAUAUUCUUUUCAGACUUUUAACGAUGACGAAAUUGUUCAAGACAGUAUGUGUAUUGAAAUGUUACUAAUCAGAUUUUGUUUUGAUGUUAUAUUUCUUGAUCUCGAAGUUUCAUUUGAGACUCACUUUCAUCAAUUGGUGGUGAUUCGUAAUUAAUAUAAAAUUUCAUUCUUUCUGUCGUUGCAUUUAUUUAAAGUUCAUGCUUAUGUAUUGAAAAACAUAUGAUAUCGAUUUGAAUUUUGAUUUAACAUAUUUAUACAGUUAUCAAUAAAACUGUUCAAAUUAAUUGAUUACCUUAUUAAAAUGUAUAUCAAAGUUUAUGUCGAUGAGUGUUUAUUGAUGAAUAGUACUGAAUUAAUCAAAUUUGAGUGAUCUAUUAUUACGCUACAGUGGAUUUGUACUACAACUUAACCCUUGGCUAUAAUAAGUAUUUCCAUCCAGUCUAGAAAAUUCACACCAGUAGAUCCCUGAAGUAUCCGUGUGUAUCAAAGUAGAUUUAUUUAGGAUCUGGCUAUUCGUUUAAUUUUAAGUUUUUGAUCUCCAGUACACGUAUGGUUUCUCCCCGUUAAGUGGAUAUGAUUGUAUUUCGGUGCCAUGUAUUGAUAUCGACACUAUAUUUUGGGUCCAAGAGAUUUCUGACUUGGUUUGAUACCGCACUUGUUUGAGCUUACGAUGGAACUCUGUCUAGGUGUUAGUGAUUUUGUACGGAAACAGUUGUUUCCGAGUCGGAACUUUUUGUAUUUUGUGAUACCUGUGAUUUAUUCAUGUCUAAAUACUGUGUCAUAACGACCGUUUGUAAGCUUGCUUUUAUUUUCAGAGCGCAUCAAUUUCUUUCAUUUGAAAUCGGUAAUGUGAAAUUUUAAUGUUGAUUAAUUUUAUAUUGGGCAGUCAUUGCUAUCUUGUUAUGAAGCUUAUAAGUGCUUUGCUUUUCAAUUAAUAUCUUAUAUUUUCAUUGUUAGUGUUCCUUACAGUAUACGCUUUAAGAAAGUUGUUACUUUUGUAUUGGAAAGUAUUUUUAUUUGACAAAAUGGAGUCAACUUUUGUUAUUUUUUAUUUCUAAUUUUAAGACUGUUCUCAAAAGUGUUCUAACUACUGUUUGUUCAUUAUUUUAUGUGUAAAUAUUUAAGAGUGAAUAUAUGAUAUUUAAGAAAUUCAAUGGCAGGUUUUAACAUAAAUUGUUUUCUGUUCAUUUGGUUCAAUACCAGAAAUUUUAUAUAGUCACUGUUUUUUUCUCAAUCAUAAAGCUCAGUGAUUAUUUUAAAAUAGAAUCUGUUUUAAUUUCUGGUAGGUACUUAAUAUCAGUGAUUUGUGUUUUCAAUAUUUAUGAUAAUUUUUUUAUUAAAUACUGUGUAUUAAAUAUUUUUUCUGAU